AUGGUCUUGACCACAAACGGGGUAUUAGGUGGUCUUUUGCAGGAAGACGAUGGUAAAACAUCUGCUCAGAGGUUCACUUCAGAAGAUGGUGUUGCGAAUGUUAGAGGAAGAGUCCUUGGUGGGAGCAGCAUGAUCAAUGUGGGAUUCUACUCCAAACCUGAUGACCAAUUCUAUAAUGAAUUUGGCAUGCACUCGGACAUGGAUGCGGGUCGUAUUAGUGAUUCGAAGGGGCAAUUGAGUGCAGGGGCAAUUGGGAGCCCUCAGCUCAUUUUUCUCAGUGGAGUUGGUCCACUUCCUUAUCUUUUGUCACAUAAAGUUCGGGUAGUCAGCCAAAAUGCCGAUGUGGGAAACUUUAUGACAGAUAAUCCUUGUAAUAUCAUUAACAUUGUAGUCCCAUUUGCAUUGGCCCCUUCAGUUGGACAAGUUGUAGGAAUUAUUAGCGACUUCAAUUACAUAGAGCCAUUCUCCAGACCACUUUCGAGUGGCUCCCUCCGGCUAGUUUCAUCGGCCGAUAUCAAAGUCAACCCAACCGUCCGAUUCAACUACUUCAAAGAUCCGAAGGACCUUUCUCGUUGUCUAAGAGGAACGAGGUUGCUCAGUGGUAUGCUCAAGACCAAUGCCAUGGAAGGGCUCAAAUUCGAAUAUUUAGAGGGUGCCGAAGGUUUCACGUUUUUAGGACCUUCUUUGCCAAGAAACCUCGCCAAUGAUGCAUCAAUGGAGAUGUUUUCUCGAAGCACACUGAUGACCUUUUGGCAUUACCAUGGUGGAUGCUUGGUGGGAAAGGUUGUCGAUGUCGAUUUGCGAGUGGUGGGUACAAAUUCACUUCGAGUGGUAGAUGGAUCCAUACUCAAUACAUCACCUGGAACCAACCCUUAG